CUCUCUCUCUCUCUCUCUCUCUCUCUCUCACUGGACCUUAGCUUUUGACUGUAAGGUCUGGAUGAAUUAUUAGAGAACUUAUUUCCCCCUCUCCAAGAAGGAAGGCUUAAUUGAAGGCUGCCCAACAGAGCACUUGCUCUCCCUCUUUAUCUCUUUCCUCCCAUGAUUGACAAUCCUACCAUCUCUCUACCUGCGCACAAGUGCAGAAGGAAAACCUCCAUCUCUCUACUUGUGCACAAGUGCAGGAGGAAAACCUCCAUCUCUCUCUUUCUCCAUCUCUCUCUUUCUCUCUGCAACGCCCUUUAGUGCUUCAUGCUCAACACCCAAUGACCAACCGGAAAUCAAAACUCAACUCAGGCGCUGCAGAAGACGGAUUAGCGCUGGUGAAGGCCGCAGCAUGGGCUUGGUACCUGCACGGGUCCGGCAAAGAAGGGAAGCCGGCUCGAGAAUUCGAUUCAUGGAGGACCAAGCAGCCACCAAGGCCAUCUCGAUACAAGCUUGAGGCCAUGAGGGACCAACUGACGGAUCGCUCAAGGUUACCCAGCACUAGCCCGAGGCAGGAUCCACCGGCGAACUCACUACUGGACCCCUAUGAAAUCCAGAGCAUAUCUAAGCGGCUAACUUAUGCUCUAGAGGACUCCAUUCAGGACAAUUGCAUCUUCGUCGACGACGAUGGCUUGGACGGCGGCCGGAAAAUGUUGACGGCAAGGAACAAGCAGCAAAGGAAGGCCGCGGAAAGAAGAAGACUCAAGGGGUGGCUCGGGUGGGGAGGAGCAUGGAUGAGGCAUGCCUCAGCGGUUUGUGGUCCAGGAGAAGGUGUGGUCGAGACCAGCUUAGCUGCCAAAGGCCGGACGGGAGAGAAGGGAUGCUUUGUGGUGGUGAGCUCCGCGCACCUCUGAUAAGGCAGCAUACAUACGUAUCCGGUGGUGCAAUAAUUUUGUGACUUGCCUCUGCUCCUUCAUCCAGACUGCAAAUUGUAAAUAUUUUCAUCCUGUGAAGAGAAUUAGAUGUAUAUAUGAUGUUUGGCUAGAAACCAUACUGUCAUGGAUUAAUUAUAUAAGGCUUUUUUCUCA